UACGUCUCCAAGAAUUUACCAGGAAAAUCGCGAACACCAUCAGCGUCCACAAACGCUUUGCCAACAGCCGUGCGAUCAAGGCUGCUUUCAAAAAUAUUGAACAAAAAUAUUUUGCAAAGGAAAAAUGGUGUCGAGUAUAAAACUGAUCUUGCCUCUUACUAUUAUGGCCAUUUUGGUCUGCACGGGGUACGCCAUCAAGUGCUAUCAGUGCGAUUCACUUGACAACCCCAAUUGUGCAACGCGAUAUAAGGCCGAUGACAGUAUGGUUGUGGAUUGCUCCAAGCUUACCCUACCUUCAUUCUUGCCCAGCUUCUUCACGUUUCCCAAUGCCACCGGUUGCGAAAAAACGACCAUCGAAUUUCUGCCAGGAGAGUUAACCAUCUUUAGGAACUGCUACUUUCGCAAUGUUAGCAUCUUGCCAGAAGUUUGUGAGGAUAAUCCCCGCCGCACCUGCGAGUUCUGUACCGUGGACUUGUGCAAUUGA